AUGUACAGGCCGAUAAUUCUUCUUGCGUAUGCGGCGCUGGCUAGCGCUAGCGCGCUUACGACCGCCAUCUCGCCCAACGAGCGCUUAUGUUUCUUCGCGGACGUCGACAAGGUCGGCGAGAAGAUCGGCUUCUACUUUGCCGUCCAAUCCGGUGGAACCUUUGACAUUGACUUUGCCGUGACCUCGCCGACCGACAAAGUACUGCUUGACGGCCAACGGGAACACCAGGGCGACUACGUCUUCACGGCCAACCAGGCCGGCGAAUAUUCCUUCUGCUUCGAGAACGACAUGUCCACGCUCACGGAGAAGUUGAUUGACUUUGAUAUCAUGGUUGAGAGCGAGCCGAGGAGAGAGGCGAGCGCCAAGCCGGGGCAGAUCAGCGAGCAGACGAGCCCGUUGGAGGAGAGUAUCUAUAGGCUCAAUGGGUUGUUGAUGCAGAUCGUCAGGACGCAGAAGUACUUCCAUACGAGGGAAAAUCGCGGAUUCUCGGCCGUCAAGGGCACACAAAAUUCACUCUUCUGGUACGCAGUAUUGGAGACAGGAGCAGUCAUUGGCAUGGCAGUAUUACAAGUCUACAUCCUCCAGACCUUCUUCACCAAGACCGGCAGGCGGUACAAGGUGUAG